AUGGAUGGUGAUAUUAUAAGAGAGGCCCUUUUGGAAACGGGAUGGCAAUCCUCUUUUGCCUUUCCAACUGCCUCAAAAGAAAACAUAAAGCUCUUGGAAUUGUUGACAGAAACGAAGGCGAAGAUAACCGAAGCAACCGCUGAAUUGGAGCUCUAUGCGGAAAAGAACAGGAAGAUUCAGGGCCACAUAGAUAUGGUGAAGAACGAGCGCAAGCUCACUGCACAGCUGAAGGAGGAGGUGGACAAAGAGAUUGCUGAUUCAGAGCACUUCAUCAAAAUGGCUGAACAGGAGAACUGGCGCACUGCCAGCGAUCACAAGCGACUCAUUGAACAAAAGAAAAAACUGACGUCCAGACUUGGAGCUCUUGAGGACGAAAUAUUUCUUAAAUCCAACGAGUUGACAUCAAUCAAGACGGAAUUGGACUGCGAUCAGAAACGCGUGGAACAAUUCAUGACUGACUGUGAAAUGGACUACGCCCUCAAGCGGAGACUGCAAAUGAUCUCCAAAACCGACAAUACUCUUAUUCAGCAUCUCACCAGUGAGGAGAGCAAAUUGAAUGCGAAGCGGAAUGACCUACUGAAGAAGUUGGACACUGCCGUGUCUAAAGACGAGGUCAUCCAACUACGCAUUGACACGACGGCGGAAAUGGGGAGGGAGGAAAAUCGAGGCAGACAAGAGAUGCUCCAGUUGUGGGAGAAGACUGUAAAACAGCUUUCCGAGCGGGACGCCGAUUUCACCAAGCUUGGAAAGGACUACGAUGGACUGCUCUCCGAUAUCAACGAGAGGCAGACGAAAAUGCGUGCGUUACAGAAGUUACUGGGGAGCAUUGGUCAGGAUAUCAAAGAUGUGAAGAGCAGGUCCUCCCUCCUGACCAGGACAAUAAGUGACAUCCGGGAGGCAACCUUGCAGGAGUCAAUCAACGCUUCCACCACUGAAAACGAGCUUUUCACACUUAAAAAGCUGGUCUCGAAGGUGGCAAAAGAAUUGCAGCAGAUACGAGCUGCCAACGCUCAUUUCAAGGAAUCCAAUAAAAAGCUGUCAGAAAAUUUGCAUACAACGGAGGGCGCUGUGAUAAUCACACUGAGGAGGUUGGAGAAUCUGAAGAUUGAGAAUGUUUCAGCUGAAGAGCUGUUGCGCAUGAUGGAGGAGGAGCUGGAAACCGAGGUUCAGUGCCAAAACACAGUCAAAACAAAUCUCACAAAAUUGAAAAAUCUUCGUUUCAUCGUCUCAGAGGAAAAGCGGAUGGCGGAAAGCGAUAACAAGACCGUUGAAGCACUUAUAAAUGGAAGUCGAACGAAAAUUCGUCACGCCGAUCGCGAACUUCAAAGCAGCGAGGCGGAGUUGAGGCGGCUGGAGCAACUGGUUUACAAGUCGAUGCUGACGGCAAACAUGAUGGAGCGAAGAAUCUCACGAAUGGAGUCGAACGCAGCCAGCGAUGAGGAGAGCCUCGCACUGGAGCGGCGCAUUCGUCACAUGCAAGAGCAGUUUGAUAGCCAGUGUCAGUCUGCGCACACCCUCUCCUCCAUGAUUGAACAGUUCAAAAAUGAAAAACGAGUGUUGGCACUGCAGUCCGAUUCAGUUAGGGAGCACCUUGGAAAAAGCAUUUACCAAAUGGAUGGAGUGAAGGUCUACCUAGCAAACGCUGGCAGAAGUCUUGACGGAGCUGUACGAAGUCGAAACGAACUUCUCGUCUUCUACAACCUCUGCCGUUAUCAGUUGCGACGAGCGGAGGAGCACUACCGACUAAUGGAAGAGACGACAUUGAAUGAAGAGAUGCGAGCGAAGGCGAUAGCCGCGAUGACGCGCGAGUUGGAGGAGGAGGCUGCAGCACGCACCUGCCGUGUGGAAAUGGAGAUGCGCAUGACUGGUCAGGACGCCAGUCGAGUCAAGGCCGAUCUGGCCAAAAGAAAGUGCAGACUGGAACAGCUUAAAUCCAGAUACGAUGUUGAUGCUUCGCUGGUUUCAGCGGAUGGAGAUAUUGACAAAGCCCAAACAAGUAUAAUUGUCAGGUCACUUGAAGAGCACGAAGAAUUGCAGGCAAAGGGUGAUGAGUUGGAUAGGGAUGUGAGGCGGGCAGAGGAGGAGCUGAGAGCGCUGGAAAACACCGUCCUCGUUAUGUCCUCUCUGAAUGAAUCUGCACGCAGCUACAGCGGAACUACAGUGGAUCAAAGCUUGCUUAAAAACAAGGAGGUACUAGCAGAGAAACUCGAAAAAACAACAAGCAAAUUAAAGGUCUCCCGUGAGAAGCGAAGGAUUCUUCGAGCGUCUGUUUUGCGAUUCACAGUGGAGAUAAGUUCUUUGGAAGAGGAGAUUGCCCAGUUAGAGAAGAUGGUGGCAUCGUACGAGGCGGACGUUUUUCGAAUUAGGAAUAAAAACUUCGAGCUUGACGCCAAGUUGGAAAGAGCACAGAAAGUGCAGACACUUGCUAAGACAAAGGCUACUCGGGUAAAACAACCUGUGGACUUGGACAUUGAGGUCCAACUCCUCAGUGACUUCAACGAAUCUGUCAAUAUUUUACUGGUGCGAAGCAUCAAGGCCUCACCUUUUAUCAACGAUGAAAUUCUUGCAAAGGCACAAGAGCUAUCCAAGAGUUUCCAGUUAGCCACUCCAAUCCUUAUGGGCAGUGUUGACAACAUCAAAGUCUCUGACAAACUACUUAACCGAAACGUCAACGCAAACAUAUCGAGAUUAGGAUCUGGCAGCCUGGCGGUGACAAACGUGGAGCUAGGCGCACAUGCUUUUGAUGUGCCACGACCGACAACGGCAAAAACAACACGAGUUCAACACGACGUAAGAACAAAGCCAACAACCGGGUCACUACGCACACCCAGCUCCGCUUCAUCGGGCACCCUCUCCAUCCGCAGUAUCCACUAG